AUGGCUAAAAGUAAAAAUCACACCAACCAUAACCAAAAUCGUAAAGCUCACCGUAAUGGUAUUAAGAAACCAAAGACAUAUCGUUAUCCUUCUUUAAAAGGAGUUAGGAAAUAUUGCUGCCUUAAAGAGUCGGCAACAAUAACAUCAAAUCAAAAAAAUUUACUAGGGAAGAGAUUUGGGCGAACAACAAGAAGCUGGAAAUUGAAAUUGAAAAAUUAUUGA